UUCUAGUGUGAGGUUGAUACUAACCAACGAGCCAGCGUGUCAAAGUCUAUUAGUUUUAAUAUAAACUAAAAUCUAUUAGUGAACAUCUCUAUAAGUUUUAAAAAACACGAAUAAAUAUAUAUUUUUUUUUUAUAAAAAUGAAAUACGAACAGUUAAAAUGUCAUCUAAAACUUAUAUUCUGUUCUACCAUGAUGUGCUUCACCCAAUUUCUGAUUGGCUGUUCGUAUUCAUUUUCAUCUACACUUGUGGCACAACUUCGAGAACCUUCGUCAACAAUACAUUUGAGUAUCGAAGAGGAAUCUUGGAUAACAAGUAUUACAAUACUUAUAUGUCCGAUCGGCUUACUCAUAAUUGGAAUACUAACGGACAAAUUCGGUAGACGAAAAACUAUUCAAAUUGUCUACGCACCAAUGGCUUUAAGUUGGCUAAUAAUUACAUUUGCUAACUCUUAUACCACACUAUUAAUUGGAAAAAUUAUACUUGGAAUCCCAUUUGGCGUGAGUACGUGCAUGUUUCUGUACAUUUCCGAAAUAACACCAGCCAACCUGCGACCGUUGUAUAUAACAUUUGUCACCAUGACCGUGGGCCUGGGCAUGAUGGUGGAAUGCAUAUUGGCCAUUUUCUUCCGCUGUCAAACCAUAUCCGGUAUCAUGUUCGCGUUGUGCUUGGUCAAUUUCUUGACGCUAUUCAUGGUGCCGGAACCACCGAUGUGGCUCAGGGCCAAGGGCCGGAUCGCCGACGCGGACGAGGUGGACAGGUGGCUGGAUUUGGGCCACUUGACGAUGGGGACGUCCACCGCGGCGGCGGUGCCAUCGGCUGCUGUGGUCGAACGACCUGCCUUGGCCAUGGCGGUUGACGCCAAUGGGCCCGCGGCCGCAUCGUCACCAUACUGGACGCUGUUCCUGCGGCGCAACGUGUGGAUGCCGACGGUGGUCACUCUGACGUUCUUCGUCUGCCAGCAGGGCAGUGGCGUGUACGUGCUGCUGUUCUACUCGAUGGACGUGCUCCGGGAUUGCAGGGUGCCGUGGGACAGCAACACCGUUUCACUAUUCCUGUCCGUGGCCCGGCUGAUGGGUGGCCUUGGUUUCGCGGCGAUGCAUCGCGUCGCGCGCAGGACGCUCGUCAUGAUUUCCGGUGGAUGUAUGGCCGUCUCACUGCUCAUAGUAGUUGCCUACAUGAAAGCGUUCGCGGGCGUCCAAGACCCGCCUUUCGCAAUGACGCUCAUCGUCGCAUUCAUAAUGUUCAUGUUCUUCGCUCUGCUGGCCAUUCUGCCCAUGCCCUGGAUACUGUGUGGUGAGGUUUUCCCAAUGGCGGUAAAAGGUGUUAUGAAUGGAGUUGUACAGACAUGUGGAUAUAUCAUGUGGUUUAUGAUUUGCAAAAUAUAUCCAUCGCUGAUCUCAAAUUUAGGAGUGGAAAUCGUUUGGUCAAUAUUCGCUUUUUUCUGUAUAUUAAACGUGUUAUUUGCCAUAUUUAUUAUGCCCGAAACCAAAGGGAAAACUCUAGACGAAGUCUUGUUGUAUUUCGAACCUGAGAAGAAAAUUAAGAAAAUCAGCAUCCCGUAAUACUACCAACGUUAAUUAUUUACUUAUGGAAACCGAACAUAUUUAUUACAUUUUUUUGUGGUUGCUUUUACGCAUAGAUAUCGUUUUAUUUAUAUUGAGUUAUUAAUAUUUCUUCUAAUAUUAUAUAAUCUACGUUCAAGAAAUAUUUUCCAAUUGUUUAAUAAUUGUAAAUCAACAUCUUUGACAUUUGCUGUUUAAAAUCUUAAUAGUAAAUCAUUUUAGUUGACUCUAUAAUAUAAUAUUAUCGUUUAUCUAUAGGUACUUAACUCAUUUUUUUAUUACAUAAGCUUACCACAUGGUAUGUACCUUAUAUCAUAUAUAUUCAACUUUUUAUCAAUAGCUAUUAGAAAUACUUAUUUGAGAUGUGAUUUGUUUGUUUGGUAAUUUAACAAAAGGAAACGAUAUUAUAUUAUAUUCAGCGUUAGGAGUAUUACUUAAUUUCCUCUUUAUCUUCUAAUCUCAAUUACUUAAGCUACUAUCAAACACUAUUUAUAAAAAUGUAAUUGUCUUAUUAAUUAGCUGUACAAUUGGAGAGCUUCAAUCAAUAUAAUUUUUCAUUAAGACUGAGACAUGCAUUUCACGGUCAAAGCCCAAAAGUCUGCCAUUGAAGUAUAAUUUACCAGUUAUCGGGGUUUUUCGAUCUUGAUAAAUAUAUUUUUUUAAACUUUUGCAAUUUUCAUCAAACGUAUAAUAUCAACUCUUGUAGUAAAUAGGUAAAUACACAUACUAUAUUAAAAAUAUAUUUUCUUUAUAACAAAUUAUCAAACUAAAUGAUUUAUCUUUAUAUAUUUUAUUAUAACUUUAAAAAAAAAUGUAUAUA